AGAGGCUGGCUGAGCAGUUAGGUUCACGGUACUGUGUGGACAAAAUUCAGCAAGAGUGGCAUAACCUUGCCACAUACUUCGAAAGAGAACGGAUGAGGAUGAAAGGAAGUAAGAAAUCAGGUGCUGGGUCAGACGAAGUCUACCGGACAAAAUGGCCGUACUAUGCCUCUAUGGAGUUUUACAUGGAUAAAUCAAUCCCUGAUGCUGCAGUAUCAACAUUACAGCACAUUGCACGAAUUGCCAAAAAAUCAAGCAAAACCACAAAAUCUGCUUGUGAGGAGAAGAAAGCGAAAUUAUGGGAAGUACUUGCCGAAAACUUAUCUGGUAGUCACAGUGACGGAGAUUGGCAGCAAGCAUGGCAGCAAGGAUUCCAGGCUGGUUUCCAAAAGGCAUGGCAACAGUGCUCUCAGAUGUUCAUGCAACGGCAAACAUUCAUGCCACAGAUGACUCAAAGUUUUCAUCCCACAGCACAUAAUCACCAAGCCUCAUCUACUUUCUACAUGCAACCCUCCACACCACCACAUCACCAGCCAUUCACGCAACCACUACCCACCCAACCAUCCACACCACAUCAUCAGCCAUUCACAACACCACCACGUACCCAACCAACCACACCACAACAACAACCAUUCACACCACCACAUAUGCAAUCAUCCACACCAGAACAUCAACUCAAGCCUCGUAACCAUCCAAACAG